AUGGAUGCUAGAAUAUCGCCAGAGAUUCCGGGGAUCAUACAGCCCGGGAAUGUUACCCAGGACUUGAAGAUGCUCGUCUGCAAGCUUCUGAACUCCCCUAAGCCCUCGAAGACGUUCCCUGGUUCGCAACCUGUGUCCUUCCAACACUCGGAUAUCCGGGACAAACUGGUCGCCCAGGACUACUAUGUGUGUGAGAAGACCGACGGGCUGCGUGUGCUGAUGCUGGUGGUUGUGAACCCGAUCACCGGUGAGCAAGGGUGCUUCAUGAUAGACCGUGAGAACAACUACUACUUGGUCAACGGGUUCCACUUCCCAAGGUUGCCGCAGAAGAAGAAAGAGGAGCUGCUGGAGACGUCCCAGAAUGGUACGCUGAUAGACGGUGAGCUGGUCAUUCAGAAGAACCCCAUGACGAAGCUGCAGGAGUUGCGGUACCUGAUGUUCGACUGCUUGGCGAUUAACGGCAGGUCCCUAGUACAAUCCCCAACCAGUUCCAGAUUGGCGCACCUUGGGAAGGAGUUCUACAAGCCAUACUACGACCUGAGAUCGAUAUACCCCGACAAAUGUGCGACUUUCCCUUUCAAGCUCUCCAUGAAGCACAUGGACUUCAGUUACUCCCUGGUGAAGGUGGCCAACAGUCUCGACAAGCUGCCCCACUUGUCAGACGGUCUCAUCUUUACACCCGUGAGAACGCCAUACGCAGUGGGUGGUAAGGACUCCCUGCUUCUGAAAUGGAAGCCAGAACAAGAGAACUCAGUGGACUUUAAGCUAAUAUUGGAAAUACCGAUGACAGAGGACAAUUCGGUCGCAAAGAAGGACCCUAGGAGAUGGUAUUAUAACUACGAUGCCAAACCAACGUUUGCACUGUAUGUGUGGCAAGGUGGCUCCGAUGUCAACACAAAGCUACAAAACUUCGAACAACCAUUCGACAAGAGAGAAAUGCAAGUGCUGGAGAAGACAUACAAGAGGUUCGCAGAAUUAUCGAUUUCUGACGAGCAAUGGCAGGAGCUGAAGAACUUGGAAGAACCAUUAAACGGAAGAAUCGUGGAGUGUACUAAGGACCCAGAGACUGGAAGCUGGACUAUGCUUCGAUUCAGAGAUGACAAGCUAAAUGGUAAUCACACCUCUGUGGUUCAAAAAGUUCUGGAAAGUAUCAGUGACUCAGUGACAAUUGAUGACCUUGCUGAGUCCGUACCGGAAAUAAAAUCAGCAUGGGAUGAAAGAAAGAAUGGCGCGUACCAACAUCAUAGUAGUUCCUUUUCAGAGAGUAGGCAGCAACCUAAAGCCGAACCAGUUGCGGAGAAAAAGCAAACAGAACCAAAAUAUGUCGAUGACGAUGAUUGGUCUGACUAA